AGUUUGUGUAUCUCUCAGAGCCAAGUGAUCAGGGAGAAAAGUCAUUCACAGAAGAGCUUGGACAGAUUCUAAUCUAAGCAGGGAUCCUGGAACACAUGGCGACUGCUGGGAAGGUGAUAAAAUGUAAAGCUGCAGUCAUCUGGGAACCAGGCAAAGCACUUUCAGUUGAAGAGGUGGAAGUAGCACCACCAAAGAGCCAUGAAGUUCGAGUGAAGAUGGUAGCCACUGGGAUCUGUCGGACAGAUGAUCAUGUAUGGAAAGGUAUUUUUCCAAACAUAGACUACCCUGUUAUUGGGGGCCAUGAAGGAGCAGGCAUUGUUGAAAGUGUUGGACCAGAUGUCACUUGUGUAAAACCAGGUGACAAAGUCAUUCCCCUCUGUGUUCCUCAAUGUGGACAAUGUGGCUGCUGCUUGAGUCCAAAAGCCAACUGCUGUCUCAAAUCCCACAUUUAUAAACCUUUUCAAAAUCUGAUGCCAGACGAGACCAGCAGGUUCACCUGCCGGGGAAAACAGAUCCAUCACUUCCUGUGGACAAGCACCUUCUCUGAAUACACCGUAAUGCCUGAGGCAUCCAUUGUAAGAAUUGACAAUGAUGCUCCUCUAGAUAAAGUUUGCAUCUUUGGCUGUGGCUUUUCUACUGGCUAUGGGGCUGCCAUCAAUUCUGCCAAGGUUGAGCCUGGUUCUACCUGUGCCAUCUUUGGCUUAGGAGGUGUUGGUCUCUCUGUGAUAAUGGGUUGCAAAGCAGCUGGAGCAUCCAGGAUUAUUGGGAUUGACAUCAACAAGAAUAAAUUUACAAAGGCCAAAGAAUUAGGAGCCACUGAGUGCAUCUGCCCCCAAGAUUUUGAGAAGCCAAUUCAUGAGGUGCUUGUGCAGAUGACUGGCCUUGGUGUGGACUAUACAUUUGAAGUGAUUGGACGCAUUGAUACAGAAGUCAGUGCCCUUGCAUCUUCCCACCUGGGUCAUGGGACUUGUGUGCUGGUGGGGGCACCUCCUGCAAGAUCACAGCUUUCUUUUGACCCUGCUUUCCUGCUCACAGGAAGGAAACUAGUAGGCUGUUUGAUUGGAGGUUGGAAGUUAAAAGAUGCUCUCCCUAAACUUGUUUCUGAUUACAUGAAAAAUAAAUUUAAUACAGAUGCACUAAUAUCUCAUGUAUUGCCUUUUGAGAAGAUCAGUGAAGGAUUUGAGCUUUUACUCUCUGGAAAAAGCAUUCGUUGCAUCUUGCUGUUUUAAAACUAUUGUUAAAACUAUUUGUUUAAGCCAUCUUACAGAUCUUUUGCAUUCCUGUGCAGUUUUAAUAGCAUUUCAGUUAAUACAAUCAUUUAAUCUGUGCUGAAAUCAUUUAUAAUCAGUUACGUUGGGAAGCAAAUAUGGGAAGCCAUUUAAUUUAUACAGUAAGUUGAUGUGGAGAAAUGCUUUUGAUAUGUUAUUAAGGCCACCUGAUCCCAUCACCAUUGCAGAGAUCCAUCCAGCUUUGCAAAGAAUGCAAGAUAUGUUUACAAGUUGGCCAGAUUCAAUGAAAAAGCAAAACAUGGAAUCUUGAAAGGGCUUAGGUUGAAAUGUCCUAUUGUGACAAACAAAUGGAAACGUUAAUUGUAUUAUGUUGUAAUAAUAAAUGGAAUCAUGGGCCCAUUUUGAAUGGCAGACUUGUAUGUACCACAUAUUGGUUAACCCACUAUUAAUUGCAAAUGGAAUGAGAUUGGUUUUUGUUACUUUUGUAGCUGGCAUGCUACCAGGAUCACCUGGGACAGAUUCUAUGACAUAUCUCAGAUAUGUGUGAACUGCAAUUGCUAAAUCCAGACUUGGAACAAUACUCUUGUUAGGUCAACACCACUGCCACCACUGCCCUUCGGAAACAAAUUCCCCCAAAGUUUGCACAGCCCCAACCCUGCUGUCUUUCAGGAAAGCUUUAAAAAACUGGCUUUUCCAACAAGCCAUGGUGCAGGGUGAUUUGUGUCCCCAAAUCAGAUAUGCAGUGUUUAGAUUAUUUUGGUAUAUUUUCUUGAGGUGCUGCAUUGUUCUUCCAUUUUUGUAACUGGUUCUUCUUUGUUUGGCAUGAUGAUAGGUUGGUUCUGGGCUUUUAAAAAAAAAACAAACCUGUAUGCCACCUUGAAUUGCUUUGUGAUUAGGCAGUUUAUAAAUUGAAUGAAUGCAUGAAUGAAGGAAUGAGGGAAUAAAAACAAUAUGUUGCAAAUUUUGCACACAUUUCUGUGGUAUUUUGGUUGGUCCUAAUAAAGGCAUUGAUAAAUUA